GCGCGGCACACGGCCUGGCCGUCUGGGGAUGGGGCGCGGCAAGGCUUGCGGCUCUCACGGCCUGGCCACCUCUGGGGCCGUGUCUAGCAGGCGUAGCCUAGUACCUAAUACUAUUCAAAACAGCACAACAAAAAAAACACGACGCCGCUCGGCAGACGGGUGUCGUCUCGGCACAGCUUGUGACGCGAGAUGCGCCGCUGCAGAGGCCGCUGUCGCGGGGCUAAAGAGGAGGAGUCGGGAGGAGGAGAAGGAGCAGCGGGAGGAGGCAGGCGUGGAGGAGGCCGCGAAGUCGAGAACGCGAAACACUUCGAAUACCUACGCCACCCGCAGCCUGCAAGGCAGGAGGUCCGGCUGGAGUCUCCUCGCGCACCGUCGGGACCUGCCCGCGGCAUAGCACGUGCCAAGUCUCACCAGGCGCAGGUUCCCCUCAAGCAGCAAAGGCGUCUGGACAUAACAAAUAUUAUGGCAUGUGGGCUCGCAUGCGCCUUCACAAUAUUAUGGCAUAUGGGCGAUAAUACGCAGAAGCACUCG